UCGUUUCUGAAACGAAUGGACUACACCAUCACCAUGUACUUCCAGCAGUCCUGGAGAGACAAGCGCCUCUCCUACACAGGCAUUCCUCUCAAUCUCACCCUAGACAACCGGGUGGCAGACCAGCUGUGGGUCCCUGACACCUACUUCAUUAAUGACAAGAAGUCUUUCGUUCAUGGGGUGACAGUGAAGAACCGGAUGAUCCGGCUGCACCCUGAUGGAACUGUGCUCUACGGUCUCAGGAUCACCACGACAGCUGCCUGCAUGAUGGACCUGCGCAGAUACCCACUGGAUGAGCAGAACUGCACCUUGGAGAUUGAGAGCUAUGGAUACACCACUGACGACAUCGAAUUCUACUGGCAGGGAGGAAGCAACAUAGGCUCAGUCACUGGGGUGGAGAACAUCGAACUGCCCCAGUUCGACAUCAUCGACUACCAAACCCUCUCCAAGAAAGCUGUGUUUGCCACAGGUUCUUAUCCACGUCUGUCCCUGAGCUUUAAGCUGAAGAGGAACAUUGGUUAUUUCAUCCUGCAAACCUACAUGCCCUCCACCCUGAUCACCAUCCUGUCCUGGGUCUCCUUCUGGAUCAACUAUGAUGCCUCGGCUGCCAGAGUAGCUUUAGGUAUAACCACGGUGCUGACCAUGACCACCAUCAAUACUCACCUAAGGGAGACUCUACCCAAGAUCCCCUACGUCAAGGCCAUUGACAUUUACCUCAUGGGUUGCUUUGUGUUUGUCUUUCUGGCCUUGUUGGAGUACGCCUUUGUCAACUACAUCUUCUUCGGUCGAGGUCCUCACCUGCAGAAGAAGGUGGCAGAAAAGGCUGCAAAGUCCAACAACGAGAAUAAGAGCAGACUGGAGAGCAACAAAGUGCAGGUUGAUGCUCAUGGCAACAUCCUCCUGACGAACCUAACCAGUGAGAUGGGUGGAUCAGAUAUGAUGGGUGUUCUCAACGACCCUCGGGCUACCAUGUUCUCUUACGACAGCGCCAGCAUACAGUACCGCAAGCCCAUGACCAGCCGAGACCUGUACGGACGACCGGCCAUUGACCGACCGAUGGGCCACAAGAAGGGCCGCUUGCGGAGGAGGGCCUCACAGCUCAAAGUCAAGAUCCCUGACCUCACGGAUGUCAACGCCAUAGACAAGUGGUCCCGUGUCGUCUUCCCAAUUGCAUUCACCUUCUUCAACCUGGUCUACUGGCUUUACUAUGUCCAUUAGGGUGGCAGUUGCGUGUCCAUUAGGGUGGCAGUUGCGAGCCUGUGUGGCAGCUACCCUGCUGAUGAUUUGACAGGAAAGCUUCAUAGAUCUUGUACAGCGAUGAAAAUGAUGGAGCAUUCAGUCCAUUUGUAUAAAUCCUGUUUUGGAAUGAGUAGUACUGGAUGUCUUUACAAUGUAAAUACAAUUUAAUAUAUACUAUAUAAAUAUAUAUAUAACAGAGGUAUAAUUUAUUAAAAUCCUAUCCCUUUUGCUGUACUCAUCGGUACAAAAUAGAUAGAUAAAAAUAAUGGAAUUUAAGACACAGUAAAGGUAUAGUAUUUCAGUUCAAACUUGCCAAAAAGACUUGGGUGACUCCAAAAUUACGGGCAAUGAUGUUUCAUUUAUUCUAUCUUAUUUUAUUACCUUCUGUUAUCUCACUUUUUGCAUGUGAAUGAUGCACAACUUUUGUUUGCUUAAGAUACAAAAAAAAAGCAAGAGACAAGGAAGCCAAAAGUCAGUAGCGGACUAAAAAAGUUUUUACAUGAUCUU